GUGUUACAAUGUAGCUCUGACAAAGAGAAUCAGCGCUCGAUGUCUCGCCAUUUCAAAGCCGAAUAAGCCCGCCGGAUUUCUACACGGAUACGAGUUUCACAAUCAAAGUGAUUAUCGUUAAAUAUUGUUAAAGGCUUCUUGUCUUAGAAGAACUCUCGAUCUUUUAAGAUGGCUGCUGAAACACAGCAGGUGGAGGAGACGACAGAAGUGAUGGAGUCCUCAGACACGCCCACAAAGGAGGAGCCUGUAACUGACAACAAGACCAGGGGUCGCGGAGUGAAGGGCCGUGGCAGAGGUGUGCGUAUGGGCCGUGGAGGUCGUGGUGGCCGAGGGAUGAUGAUGAUGAAAGGGUUUAGACCGCCGGGACACGUGAGAGGCAGAGGACGUGAUGGGUUUACAAACGGAUUUGGACCCAUGAGGAGGGGCAUGGGUAGAACGUGGCCAUAUCCAGACAUGCGUGGCCGGAGAGGAAGAGGCGGGCCAAUGGGAAUGCACUUGGGUCUGCCCCCUCCCCCGCCCCCACCCAUGCACAUGAGAGGACCCCAUCCCCCAAUGCACAGGCACGGACCGCCUCCCCCUCCACCACCAGGGCACCCGGGCUUCAGAGGGCGGCUCCCACACCCGAGAGGGCGGGGCAUGAUGCUGCCUGGCCCUCCGCGCUAUUUCCACCCCAGAGGGGGUUAGACACCCUUUUGGAAGGACAUGCAGGAGGCAGGACGGUCCCAUCUGUCUCUCCUCCUCUGCCCCGCCCUGCUGAUGUGAUGCUCCGCCCUCUCUCAUAACAAAGGUGAGUUUCAUGUUCAUUCAGAGUCAGACUCCUCCCCCACCCCCAAACUCUCUGGAUUGGAAUAGAGUGGCAGUCUGUCAGUUCAUAUUGUAAAAAUGAAAAGAUACUAUUUGGGGCUCCUCAGGUUGCUACAUUGUUGAAACAUUGUUACAUUCCAUCAGCUACAUUGUUGGAACCCUUUAGAAGCUCUAGGCAACAUUUUAAAAAGGAACGUUUCUGCAAGAACUAAAACAAAACAAAACAAACCAUGGUUCCUCCAGUAACCUCAUCAUUAAUGAAGGGCUUUGUAGACAAAUACAUGCAUAAACAUUUCUGUACAAAAUGUGAAUAAAAGUACAUUUAAAUGGACGAGUUGUAGCAGAUAAUGAGGGGAAAGCAGUGCAUGUUAACUUCAGUAUUAUUUAAAAAGCAUCUUCAGAAGCUGAUUGAGUGGAAAGAGCUGGAAACUGAACUAAGGGUGGUGACUUUGAAAAAGCUCACAUGUAAAAUAGAUUUGAUAACUAAAUAAUUCCCAUCAUUUUUAUUUGUGCUAUUCAGUGUCAGAAAUUAACUUUUACAUUAAGGGGCAAUAUUAGCCCACUCGAUUUGUUUUUUUCAGGGGCAUUUUUGACUUUUAUGAGGGCGUAUUGUUUUGCUAACCAUUCAAAACAAACUGUCUCAUCUAUUUAUGUCACAUAUGUUAAUUGAAUUAAUUCACUAAUACACUUCAAAAAAGUAAUAAUAAUUAAGAUUUACACAUUUCAAUUUAAUAACAAAAUUUCAUAAAAUUUAAUUGAGUAAUCUUAUAUAUAUAUAUAAAUUUAAUUUUGUUACAAAUUAAUUCAAUUGCAAGGAAUUUUCUAUAAAACUGAAAUGCAUAAAUCCUAAAAGUAGGCUAAUAUAUAUAUAUAUAUAUAUAUAUAUAUAUAAUUUUUUGAGUGUAUAAAUCCUUAAGAUUUAAUAUUUUUUUACCAAUUACAAUAAGAAUGAAAUCAUCAUCAAUCUAUAUUUAAUGCCAUAAUGCUGUAUAUAUAACAAGGACUAUAAUAUUAAGAACUUAUGUAUAUCAGAUGUUACAAAUAAAAAAAAUACUUUUUUUUUGCCCCUGACAUUUUGAAUUUUCAGGAGCAUUUUUGGUGUCAUUUUUGCCCUGAGGCCCCCCCCCUUCAUUUCUGACACUGGUGCUGUUUCGUUGUUUGGAUUACUUCACUAUUAUUCAAAAAUGAUAAUAACCAUAAUAAAGAGUGAGCAGAGUAUGUCCAAACUCUUGACUGGUAGUAUAUGUACUGAAAUUCCUCGAGGACACAAUAGGAAAUGAUCUCUGGUUUUACUGUUAGUCUGUAGUGCCAAAAUGUACAGAUCUUUGAAAGCAAUUUUUUAACCAUUCAGGGUGUCAUGUUGCAUCCAAGAAACAUUUGACCCCAUGGGGGACACCCAAAACGACCAAAGGAGAACCGCUUGACCACCCUAAACAUCAAAAUUGACAUCAUGUACCUGGAAUAUUUACUAAUAUGUAAGCAGUGGACAGAUGCCAAACUCAAAAUACAGUUUGAAAAAAAUAAAUAUAUAUAUAUAUAUAUAUAUAUAUGUAGAUAUACAGUAUAUAUUAAGAAUGAUUAUAUUAUUAUUUUGAAGUAAAAAGAAACAUAUUUUUCCUUUUAAUUAUAAUGUAUCAGUGGGUUGCAUUUUUCUCUAUUAAUCUCUAUGUAGUCAAUUCAUUUUUUAUUAUCAUAUUGUUUUACAUUUGUAUUGUCUUGAUACAACAUAGAUUGUUAAAGUAACAGGU